AUAAAAAUAUUUUUGUUUUAAAACACAUCAUAAAAAGUCAAAUGAGACAAAUAGAUAAAAGAAUAGAGGAAGUACCGAUAACAUUAAUUUAUGCAUCAAACAUGCACAUUAGUAUAGGACGAGAAAUUCUUCUGAGUGAGUGAGUCCCUACACCCCACACUUCUCUGUAAUCUGUACUAUCAUCUUCCCUUCCAUGGCUUUAUCAUCUCAACAUUCUGAACCUCAUCUUUCUCUCUCCUAACCUUCCAAUGCACUCUCUCACUCUCUUCCUUCUCCUCCUCCUUUCUCUCUCCUCCCAAACCACACCCCAACCACUCGCCCUCCCCCCAAACGACGCAGCCUCCCUCUUAUCCUUCAAAUCCAAAGCCGACCUCGACAACAAACUCCUCUUCACACUCCACGAACACUUCGAUUACUGCCAUUGGCAAGGCGUCAAAUGCCAACAAGCUCGCGUCGUCCGCUUCUCCCUCCCUAACUACUCCCUCCGCGGCACUUUCCCUCGCAACACCCUCUCCUCCCUCGACCAACUCCGCGUCCUCGUCCUUCGCAACAACUCCCUCUUCGGCCCUCUCCCUUCCGACCUCCACUCUCUCUCCAACCUCCGCUCCCUCCUCCUCGACCACAACUCCUUCUCUUCUUCCCUCCCUCCCUCCCUCUUCUCUCUCUACAAACUCCGCGUUCUCGACCUCUCCUUCAACAACUUCUCCGGUUCUCUCUCUCCUCUCUUCCUCCUCCUCGACCGCCUCACUACUCUCAAGCUUCAGUUCAACUCCUUCAAUGGCACUCUCCCGGAGUUCAACCAGUCCGCCUUGGUCUUCUUCAAUGUCUCUGGUAAUAACUUCUCCGGGAAGAUUCCUGAUACUUCUACUCUCUCGAAUUUUUCUCCAUCUUCGUUUUCGUUGAACCCUAAUUUAUGCGGCGAUAUUGUUAACAAACCCUGCGAUUCUCGCUCUCCUUUCUUCGAUUCUUCUUCUGCUAUGAACCAACCUUCUUCGUCUCCUCCGAAUUCGUCAACUGGUUCCGAAUCACUCCUAUCUCCUCCAGCAAUGAAAUCACUCCGGAAGAAAACAAUCAUGAUUCUAGGGUUUUCAUUAGGCGGUUUACUCUUAUUCUCGUCAUUGUUCUUCAUGUUUUUAGCUGCGAAGAAGAAGACGACGAUUGCGACGAUUCCGAAAACAACCAAAGAUUUCGCCGAGAAUUCUUCUUCUUCCGGCGAAGUGAUGACUGAACAAUCGGAAGUAAUUAGGGUUAGAUUUGAUUCACAAAGCAAUGAAUUAGAAGAUGAUAAAUGUAAGAACGAAGAAGGAGGUUGUGGUGGUGGAGGGAGGAGAGAGAAGAGCGGGAACCUGGUGUUUUGCAUAGGAGAAGCGCAACUGUACACCCUAGAACAGCUGAUGAGAGGUUCGGCGGAGAUGUUAGGAAGAGGAACAAUGGGGACCACGUACAAAGCGAAGCUGGAUAAUCAGUUAAUCGUGACCGUUAAAAGGCUUGAUGCGAUUAAAAUGAGCGGUGUUGAUGCUGAGAUGUUUGAGAGGGUUAUGGAAAUUGUUGGAGGUAUGCGUCACCCGAAUUUAGUACCUGUUCGAGCUUAUUUUCAAGCUAAGGAAGAAAGGUUGAUUAUCUAUGAUUAUCAACCUAAUGGCAGUGUCUUUAAUCUUAUUCAUGGGUCAAGAUCAACGCGAGCAAAACCUCUUCAUUGGACAUCUUGUUUGAAGAUAGCUGAGGACGUAGCUCAAGGCCUUGCUUACAUCCACCAAGCAUCCAAGCUCAUCCAUGGCAAUAUCAAGGCCUCUAAUGUCCUUCUAGGCACAGACUUCGAGGCCUGCCUGACAGAUUACUGUCUUGCUUCACUAUCAGCAUCUUCUUCUGAUGAAGAUCCUGAUUCUGCAAGAUACAGGGGUCCUGAGGCCCGGAAUUCAGCCAGGAAGGCAACUCCUAAGACAGACGUCUAUGCUUUUGGUGUUCUUGUGCUUGAGCUUCUUUCAGGAAAACCCCCCUCUCACCAUCCAUAUCUUGCACCCCAUGAUAUGCUCGAUUGGGUGAAGUCAAUGAGGGGCGAUGAUGACUGCUUUUUAGACAACCACCUUGCAAUGCUCGUUGAGGUGGCAAGUUUAUGCAGUUUGACAUCUCCGGAGCAAAGGCCCCCAAUGUGGCAAGUGUUGAAGAUGAUACAGAAAAUAAAGGCCAGUGUUGGCUCUGAUGAUACUGUUGAUUCCACAACAGGAUAUUCAUAGUGUUUUAUACGAAGUAACCAUAUCUUUAGGCGAAGUUGGAUGAGCUCGUGGGGCAAACUGCGGACUGAUGAACUAUAGAUCUGAAGAAAGUCGAAUUGCAGAAAAGCCUAUAACUGAAGAGACUUUGACAUCCAAGGGGGUAUGUAUUUUUUGCAACGACAACUCGAUAAGGUCAGUAGUGGUUCAAAUGUUGGAAAAUAUCAGACAUUUUGAUGAGAAAAGGAUCGGUAAUACCAGUACAGAAAUGAAAUGAUAGGUUACACAGCCUUAAUUGUCAAAAACAUUAAACUCCCCCACCCACCCAAAAGAAAAUGGAAGAAGUGUUGUUGAAUAAUUGAAUGUAUUAGCAUCAAAUUUUGAUUUAGGUGUCAAAUUUUGAUUUAGGUGAGGCGUAUUUAAUGAUUAGCUAUUAAUCUGUAAGAUUGACUGAUGAAAGCAUCCUGUAUCUGCAUUUUUGUACUUCCCAGUCGGAAUAACUGAAUAUGAUAUGAUAUUCAACACAUUUGUCU